UGAAGGUCGAGCUGCUUACCACGCUGCGACAUCCGAACAUCGUCGUUCUGAUGGGGUGCUGCCUCGAGGAGCACUGCCUCGUCUACGAGUACUGUGGAGGGGGUUCCCUCGAGGAGAGGCUCGCCGACGAGAGCUUUCCGCUGCCGUGGUAUACGCGACUGCGAAUUAUGAUGGAGGCCGCGACCGCGCUCCUGUGGAUGCACAAGCUCGACAUCAUCCACUGCGACAUCAAGCUAGCCAACGUUCUGCUUGACGAGAGCAAAGCUGCCAAGCUAGAAGACGUCGGCAUCUGUCGGAUGAUUUCCGCCGCGGAGGCGCGGACCGCCAGGCUCACGAGCGCGCUGACGCUCCGGACGAGCUCCAGCGAAGUUCGGGGCUCCUUCGGCUAUGUGGACCCAGCGCUGUUCGACGGUUCACCCGUCGAGAAAAGCAGCGACGUGUACGCACUGGGGGUAUGCCUGCUGCAGCUGUUAACCAAGCGGUCUGCGAAGACCGUGAAGCGGGAAAUGAAGCAGGCGUACGACAGCAAGAACUUGCCCGAGAUCCUGGACCGGAGCGCGGGAGAGUGGCCCCUGGACACGGUGGUCGAGGACCUGGCCGCCCUGGGUCUCCGAUGCACCGAAUUUGACCAGGAGAUGCGACCUGACCUAGAGUCGGAGGUCAUCCCGGUUCUGUCUCGCCUGAACGACCUUGGAAUGGCGGCCGAGCGUCAGGAACUGGAGAGCUUGCGCCGCGCGGCCGCGGCCGCCCUGCCAGCGCCCGGGGCACGCCCGCGCGACAGUGAUGACAUCCUGGAGGCUCAGUUCUGCUGCCCAAUCAGUCAGUAA